UUAACGGGAGGUAGAUGAUGAGGAUCAUGUUACUUGCAUAAAAUUUGCCAAAAAUAGGGAAGAGUUCUUGUUUUCGACGUCGAUAAACUCAAUUUAUAAUAAAUCUACCGAAAUCUACCACUCUUUAACGUAUAUGGUAGUUAUAAUAGAAAUUUUUCAGAUAAUAAGCUACAGAUGUCUCUGUAGCGCUUUUCGUAACUUUGACUUGACAUAAGCAUCUGUCAAAUUAUCACCUAGCAGCAAGGCUAGCAGUAUUUUUAAGAUCAAAUUAAUAGAUUUGCACAUAAAUAAGAAAGUUAAUAAUGGUACAACAUUUUUACCCGCAAAGCAAAUAAUUUAAACAAUGAAGUGUGAUAAUUUUUUUUGUAUCGUUACAACAGUGUCGAAGAAUAUUUUUAGUUGAUAUCACCAAUCGAUAGGGAUUGUUCGGUUGCUAAUUGAAUUUGCUUCUAUUAAUUCAAAUUCAAUCAAAACUAUCGUCAUCACCAAGUAGUACUUAUAUAUCUGUGGCAACUUUUUUGAGUUAGCUUAAAAUAUAAGAUGGCCUUUACAACUCAUUAAACUAAUUGUUAUCAUAUUUGUGUACUUAGAGAUAACCUCCUCAUUUGUCCGAGCAUCUCCACUUCGUAUUUCUUAUUUGCAGUUCGUGCAACAUAAUAUUAAUUAUAGUUUUGCAAUUUCUAUGUGAAAAUAUGGUGCUUUAAUUGUUUUCAUAAAAUAUUACGAAAAUAUGCGAUUUUUGUUCGACCGACAUGCCACGGGAUAUUCUGAGUGAAAGUUUGGCUGUCCUCCGGAUCAUUGAGCAUGAAGAUGAAGAAAGUUGGCCCCUGGAGGACAAAGCACCAGCUUGUAAACAAGCAAACAAGAAAAUUGUCAACCCCGCCCCGAGCAGCCAGAAAGUUAUCACUAAAGAUGACAGUGCCUGCUACUUUAAUUUCGCCCAUGGGGAUGGAACAAGCAACCGUCAGCAAGAUCCAAUAUACCAGUACAAGACUAAUAGCUUGCCAGCGGCAUCGUCCAUCAAUCAGUCCUGGGAUGAAAUAGUUUGCUCUGCUCUGCGCAUAUCCCCUGAGGAUAUAGCCAAUCAACUCUCACUCCUUGACCUGGCUUGCUUUAAGGCCAUCCAGGCUGAGGAGCUGACCACAUGUGGAUGGAAUAAACGCAAUAAGCUGACAGUUGCCCCAAAUGUUGUUGCUUUCACUAAGCGCUUCAAUAGGGUGAGCUUCUGGACAGUACAAGAAAUACUCAAUGGCCAAUCACCAAAGGCCCGAGCGGAGACAUUGACACACUUCAUAAAGGUUGCCAAGAAAUUGCAUGAACUCAACAAUCUCCAUUCUCUAUUCGCUAUUAUCUCAGCAUUGAACAGCGCCAGUAUAUACAGGUUGACGAAGACAUGGGCGUGUUUGUCGAAGAAAGAUAAACAGCAGUUCGAUAAAAUGGCUGAGUUAUUCGGUGAGAAGGACAACUGGUCUGCCCUAAGGGAAUAUCUUCGGACUAUCUCACUGCCUUGCAUACCCUACCUCGGUAUAUUCCUGACGGACCUGGUGUACAUCGAUAUGGCGCACCCGGCGGAGUCGCCUCACCGCGCCGCCAAGAUGGCAGUGGUUUUACGAGCGUUACGUCGCUACCAGGCGUCCCAGUACGAGGUCCCGCCUCUACCUCACGUCGCGGCCUACCUCAACAGUGUGCGGUACAUCGAGGAGCUGCAGAAGUUCUUGGAGGAUGAUCAGUACAAGUUAUCGGUGAAGUUGGAACCUCCGUCACCUACGGGAAGUCGCACGGGCUCCAAGGAGUCCGUGAAGGAGUGUGCGUCCUCGUGUACGGCAGCGGGCUCCGCGGCGGCUGCGACAUCGGCGGGGGGCUGCGCGGGCGCUCCGCCCUCGUCGCUGUCGCCGUCGCACCGAAUCGGCUGUGGCUCGCUGCGGCUGCAGGCCCCCUUCCAGCCCAAGUUCAUACCGACGCAUAGAAAGUGCCGCUCGCUCGGCUCCAACAUCUUCGGCAAGGGUGCGGGGCAGGGGGAGGAGCGAGAGGGGUGUGCGGGGCCGACGCCCCCCGGCUCCGUCAACCUGCUGGAUGAUACGCUGUUGGAGGCGCCGGUCGCCGCGGCGCCUGCGCCCCCCGGAGCCCUGCAUAGGUACCUACUGAUUGAACUUUCCAACUCUGCGCCUUUGCAAUGCGAUUUUCAAAGCUACGUGAGAAGGAAGACGGUGUUGAAGGAUGGGAGGAAGAUAUCUCUGUCGUCAUGGCAACGCUUCUGGCUGGAACUUGCCGGAUCCGCGCUCGUAUUCUACGCUUCCAAGUCAUUUAAAGGGAGCAACCGCAACGACUUCCGCUCGGAGCGUUGCAAAGUGGUGCCGCUGGCGGGCUGGGCGGCGGCGCUGGAGCCACCAGACUGCUUCCAGCUGCUGCACCACGCCGCUGGUACACUGUACAGGUUCAAGACGGGAUCUGAAUCUGUGGCGAAGCAGUGGGUGGAAAAAAUAGAGGAGGUGAAUAACAGAAGUGAGAAGCCGCUUCCAGCAAAUCUUAUGUCUUUCGAGUAACGCUCGCCGCCUUUUAACUUAUAUAUUUUAUUAAUUUAAGUGGCGUGGAAACUUACGCUAGUCUCUCACGAGGGUAGAACACUAGCACAGUACAAUGCCGCUAUGUUUACUACUCUAUGCUGUCCUCGUGUGAAACCGGUAUUAAUAUUUAUCUUAUGUACUGAAUAUCGCUACGUUUGCGUCCUCGAAGCGAUCAAAUACUUUUACAAAAUGGGCUAUGGUGCUCAAUAAAUUAGCCAAAGAAGUUCUUAUCGUUAUUAUAAUGCACAAAACGCACGCAACCGUAAUGGCGGCGCGUGGGCGUGGCUUCUACCUCUUCUAUUUACUUUACAUUUGACAAAACAUAGACAAUACAACAAUUGUCUUUGUAUUCUGUAUUAAAAGAUAACAAAUUAUUUGUGUUAACUAUCGCCGAACAUCGAAAUGUCAUUCGCAUUGCAUUUAUUUUAAAAUGUUAUUGUUUUUUUUUAAUUUGUUUGAGGUCAAAAGAGGUAAUAUGUUUUAGAUCUCUUUAGUAGGGAUGAUAUCUCAGUCUGUUUGUGUGUUUGAUCGUAUGUUGCCUGAUAUGAGACCGUAUUGUAACGAAGGUGGUUGUUAAUUGCUAUAUUUUAAUGAUUGAGAGACAAUUUUAUAUCAUCUCCCCACCGGUUCAUUUUUUUAUUAAAAACUCUGGAAUAUGCAGUGUUUGUUAAAUUCACUUAUAGGUGAUAUUCCGCCUAAUGCUUUAGCCUAUAUGCAUUAUAAUUCGUUAUUUCAUCGAAUUAUUUUUUUUUGGUAUCUGUGACUUCACAUAUUUUGCCUGUAUUAAGAUUUGUAAUUGGUGCCCACGUUGGCUCGGAAGCCUUGAUAAUUGCAACAUUAACAGUGGGUUUCUGAGACGCAAGUUCUCUGUAUUAAACAGAAAACUAUAUGUUUUAAACGAGGAUUUUGGUUUCGGAAAUCAACUAUAAGUCAUUUGAUUCUAUUAUAUAUAUAUAUAUUUAUAAUUAUAAAUCUUUUUAAUACCGUGCUAUGUUUGGAUAUAUUAUUAUGUAAAUGGUCGUCGAUCAACCAAAAUGUACAAAUAUCAUAAAUUUUGUUUGUAGUGUUAUUUGUUAAAGUCUGUCGGAAAGCUGUUUGUUUGCUUUGAUACGAACAAAUGUUAUUUGCCAAUAUAGAUUCUCAUUACGUGUUUAAGUUAGAAUUUAAAUAUAUUACUGAUCGAAUGUGAAAUUCUUCAGUUUAUGAUCCCACUAGACAUAUUAAGAACUAACUAAGUAAGUCAAUCUUACUAAUAUUAUAAAUGCGAAUGUUUUAAUAGAUGGAUUUUUGUUUAAAGGUAUUUUCAGAAC